AAACCACACACACAGCCACAAAUGCUGCAGUGUGGUUUGAAGGCCGCUGGUGUGAUGCGGAGUAGACGAAAGUGUAGACUCCGAGUGCAUUCGCAGCUGAAGAGAAGGCGUCACCGGAGAAGGAUGCGGCAUGAAAGGAUCAACACAAGGAAAACAAUGCUUAUUGAGAGCUCACCUGAUGAUGACCUGGUGAACCUGGAGGUGUUAGAUGAGGAAACUAUAAUCACGCAUCUUCAGAAGCGAUAUGAGGAGCUGCAGAUAUACACCUAUGUUGGAGACAUCCUUAUCGCUUUGAACCCAUUUCAGGGUCUGAGCAUUUACUCACCUCAGUUCUCAAAGCUGUACCAUGGGGCAAAGCGUUCAGACAAUCCUCCUCAUAUCUUUGCCACUGCCGAUGCAGCCUACCAGGGCAUGGUGACCUUCUGCAAGGACCAGUGCAUAAUCAUCAGUGGGGAGAGUGGGGCUGGUAAAACAGAGAGCGCUCAUCUCAUCGUCCAGCAUCUCACAUUUCUGGGAAAGGCAAAUAACCGAACACUUCGAGAGAAAAUCCUGCAGGUGAACCCACUGGUGGAGGCUUUUGGUAAUGCAUGUACGGCUAUAAAUGAUAACUCCAGUCGUUUUGGAAAAUACUUGGAGAUGAAGUUUACACCCACAGGUGCCGUCAUGGGUGCUAAGAUCUCUGAGUACCUCCUGGAGAAAUCAAGAGUCAUCAAACAGGCCACAGGGGAGAAAAACUUCCACAUAUUCUAUUACAUAUAUGCUGGUCUGUAUCACCAAGAAAGCCUCAAGAAAUACAGAUUGCCAGAGAAAACAGCUCCCAGGUACAUUGACAGUGCAAAUGGUAAAGUGAUGCAGGACAUUGUUUCCAGCAAAUUAUACGAAGAGCAGUUUGAUGCCAUCCAGGACUGCUUCCGCAUAAUAGGUUUCUCAGAAGAGGAGGUGAAUUCUGUAUACAGAAUCCUGGCAGCUAUUUUAAAUACAGGCAAUAUUGAAUUUACUUCCAUCACCUCUCAGCAUCAAACUGAUAAAAGUGAAGUGCCUAACUCGGAGGCCUUAGAGAAUGCGGCUGCUCUGCUGUGUAUAGGACCAGAGGAGCUGCAGGAGGCUCUGACCUCUCACUGUGUGGUGACACGUGGCGAGACCAUCAUCCGCACCAACACAGUGGACAAAGCUACUGAUGUGAGAGACGCCAUGUCUAAGGCACUCUAUGGCCGUCUCUUCAGCUGGAUAGUGAACCGCAUCAAUGCCCUACUACAGUCUGACACCAACAUCUGUGCAUCAGAGAGUGGGAUGAACGUGGGCAUUCUGGACAUCUUUGGUUUUGAGAACUUUAAGAAGAACUCGUUUGAGCAGCUGUGCAUAAACAUCGCCAAUGAACAGAUCCAGUUCUAUUUUAACCAACAUAUCUUCGCCCUCGAACAGAUAGAAUAUCAGAGUGAGGGUGUAGAUGCCAGUCUGGUGGAAUAUGAAGACAACAGGCCCAUCUUGGACAUGUUCCUACAGAAGCCCAUGGGGCUGCUCUCCUUGCUGGACGAGGAGAGCCGCUUCCCUCAGGCUACUGACCAGACACUCGUUGACAAGUUUGAGGACAAUUUGCGGUACAAGUACUUCUGGAGACCAAAGCGAGUGGAGUUAUCCUUUGGAAUUCAGCAUUAUGCUGGAAAGGUGUUGUAUGAUGUUAAUGGUUUUCUGGAGAAGAACAGAGACACUCUCCCAGCUGACAUUGUGGUGGUUUUAAGAACGUCAGAAAACAAACUCCUUCAGCAGCUCUUCUCCAGUCCCCUCACCAAAACAGGUAAUCUGGCCACCUCCAGAGCCAGAGUCACUGCAGCUUCCCGAUCUCUACCACCCCAGCUUAGUACUGGGCGCAGCAAGUCUCUUAAAUACCUGCUAAAGGUUGACACUAUGGAGAUGAUGAGACACCCAGAGGAGACAACCAACAUGAGAAGACAGACUGUAGCCUCCUACUUCCGUUAUUCUCUGAUGGAUCUGCUGUCUAAGAUGGUAGUGGGCACUCCUCACUUUGUGCGCUGCAUUAAACCCAAUGAUGACCGGCAGGCCCUACGUUUUUCUAAAGAUCGUGUACUGGUACAGCUCCGAUACACAGGCAUCCUGGAGACAGUCAACAUCCGACGGCAGGGCUACUCCCAUCGCAUCACCUUCAGCGAGUUUGUUAACAGGUACUAUUAUCUGGCUUUCCGUGCUCAUCAGAUGCCAGAGAGCAGUAUGGAAAAUACAGUGGCUAUCCUUCAGAGAGCCAAACUAAACAACUGGGUUCUGGGCAAGACCAAGGUGUUUCUGAAGUACUACCACGUGGAGCAGCUGAAUCUGUUGUUGAGAGAGGUGAUGGCUCGAGUGGUGGUGUUGCAGGCCUACACUAAAGGAUGGCUGGGGGCAAGGAGAUACCGCAGAGAGAAAGGGAAACGCAACCACGGAGCAAUAAUCAUCCAGUCAGCCUGGAGAGGUUACGUGGCUCGUCAGAAUCUAAAGCAAAUCAAGCAGGAGCGGGAGAAGGCAGCAGUGCGGAUUCAGUCAGCGUACAGAGGGCACAGAGUCCGUCAAGAUUAUCGCCACGCCCGACAGCCGUCUUCAUCUUCGCCAUCCUCAGCCUGGGAAGACACACCACAAAGAACAGACUCUGACUAUCAAAUCCUUAAAGAGGUUGCUUCCAUCAGUGGUGACAGACAGAGAGAAGUUGACAGUAAAGAGAAAAGCUCUGCUGACAUGUCUGUGGUGAAGACGAGCGGGCACAGAGACAGAGCUGUACAUCGCAAACAAGGUCCAGCAGUGAAGGUGCUGCAGCGUGCCCCUCGGCGUCGAGGCCAGCAGCCCAAGCUCCUGAACAGCCCGGAGGACAGUCUUUACUACAACCAGCUCAAUAGAACUCUAGAUUACCAGGGGAGCAAGAGGAAGCCCAGAAAACUUGGCCUGUUUCAGUGUGCCAGGCAGAUCAAACUCCUUGAUGGAGAGGAUGAGUAUUACAAAUUGCUGUCCGCUGUGGAGUCUAUCCCUGAGGAAGAUUUCUCAUCCUCUCCACCUCCUCCUCCCCCUCGUCCUGGUCCUGCUCCAGCUUCACCACUGUCCAGAGGAGCGUUGGUCAGUCAGAGCUGAGAGCACAGCACACAGUCAGUCUGAGCCUCAGCUGAACUCACAGCAGGUUGCCUUCUUCAAUUCCUUACCAAUACGUAUUUGCUGGACAUCGUAGACUCACUGCUCACAGUCCAUUUGAUCUAUUUGUGGACAAUAUAUUGCACUUUAUAAAUCCACUUUGUGAGAGUUGUAUGUAUGGACAUAAACAUUGGUUUGGGUUCACCAUUAUAACACUGAAAAGAUUGUACAACACCUGGGAGACCUUGCUUAAAAGGGAAUUCUGGUCUCUGAAUGCCUGUAUUUGUAAUUUUCAUUUUCCAACUUUAGUCACACAAUUACUUCAAACCAGUGCAGCACAGUGGAAGAUGGUGAGUUUUCUCAAGUAAUAAGUGAAGCCUCAUCUUUCAUAUGCAGUGGACAUGAGUGUGAAUGUUAAUUGCUUGUCUGAAGUCACCUUUGUACUGACACAUUUGACAAUACUUUUUUCAUCAGCUGUGUUUUGUACCAUAUCAUUUGAGAGAAAUAAAGUUGUUCAAGACGC